UUUUUUUGAAGACUCCUAAUUGGAAUAUUCAUGGUACUGAUAUAAUAAUUUAAAGGAAAAACUCAAUCAACAAAUACAAUUCGUUAUAUUAUCAACUCUUAAAUUAGCGUGUAAAAUCUGUUGCUGCCUUAACUACGAAGGAAACAAAAUAAUUGGGAACUUCGAAUUUAAAUUCUUCUUUUUUAUAGAUUUGCAGUUUAUCCCCACUUCUCAGAGAAAGAAGAAAACCAGAAAAAAAGGGGAUAAAUAAAAAUGGGAAUUUUCUCGAAUAAGAUUUCAAAGGAAGUCCUGAAACCCGGAGAUCACAUCUAUUCUUGGAGAAACGCCUAUCUUUACUCUCAUCAUGGCAUAUAUGCUGGCGAGGGAAAAGUCAUCCACUUUACAAGAGGACCAGGCCAGGAAAUAGGCACAGGAACUUUUCUAGACAAUAUCGUCUUCAGCUCAUCAGCUCCCUCUGAUCGCACAAAAAGUCCAUGCCCUGUAUGUGGUGACCAAUCAAACCUCAGCGGUGUCAUUUCAUCCUGCCUUGACUGUUUCCUCUGGGAUGGCGAGCUUUAUCUCUUUGAAUACAAGGUAACACCUGCUUUCUUCCUUGCUAAGGCACGUGGUGGAACCUGCACGUUGGCCCCCUCAGACCCACCAGAAGAUGUUCUAUCCCGUGCUUCUUUUCUCCUAGAAAAUGGUUUUGGUGGUUACAACAUCUUCAGGAACAACUGUGAGGACUUUGCCAUAUAUUGUAAGACAGGUUUGCUUGUGGUAACAGACAUUAGUGUGGGUCGAAGUGGACAAGCCACUGCUUUUGUAGCUGCCGUGAGUGCAAUUGUCUCUUCCCCACUAAGAUUCUUAACCACUAGCUGUAGUGGGUUGGCAGCCGUGGGAUGUGGUAUGUACUGUGUUAGCAGGCUGGUGGCUGACAUUGGAGUGAGGCGUGAUGUGAUGAAGGUUGCUGUUGAGACGCUCGUUAGCCGCCGUGACUUAGUCCAGUCAGCUGAGACUGGAACUGCUAAACUAGAUCUUGUUAACAGCUGUGAUGUAGAUCUGCCAGCUGAGACUGAAACUGCUACACUAACGCUUGUUAGCAGCUGUGGUUUAGACCUGCCUGGUGAAUCUGCUACUACUAAACAAGACUAGUAUUUGGCUGUCUUGGUCAAGGCCAGCUUAUUGAUGGCUGUCUCGAUGUAGACCAACUCAGGUUAUUGUUUGUGUUCUGGUGUGAAAUUAUCUUAUUUAUCGAGAAAAUUCUCUGAUUUGUUGGAAAUGUAAUAUCUGAUGUCACCUAUCCUUGUUGGAAGUUGGCUAUUCAAACUUUUGGGCAAUCAAAUUGGUGUAAAUACUGAACCUGUACAACAAAGACAAUCUCUGCGCAAGUUGUUUUUGGAUGUCAUUUGUUUUCAAUCUAGACCUUAAAUUGAUGGCACAGUAUUUUAGUCUGGUAACAUAAAUCGAUUGAACAUAACAGUAUGCCUUGUAUGGAAUGCUUGUUAGCUGAUUAAAUGAAUUUACUGUCUGUCCAUCUA